AUGUACGAUCUUCGAUUUGAUUGGAUUCCUGCUUAUUACCAUGGAGAGGAUUUGGCUGGACUUAUGCGUACUACGUCAAGAUGUGAAAGCGAGAAUUACUUCUUUGGUCAGAUUUGCAAUCCAAGAUGUACACUUGUUGAAUUUUUCACUCAUUUUGAGACUGCAAUGGAUAUUCAAAGGCAUGAGCAUAGGAGGAAUGAUCAUGAUACAAGGUAUAUUGAGUGUAAACCCUGGAGUGACUUUGUGCAAUACAACAAACAAGAAGAUGCUUUAAGUAUAAGUUGUUCUUGCAAACGGUUUGAACAAUUUGGUAUAUUGUGCCGCCAUAUAUUUUACGUAUUACGGUAUGGUGAUAUAACUGAGUUUCCUAGAAGAUAUGUUCAUAGAAGAUGGAUGAGAGAUGUUGUUUCCGUUGGAUCAAAUCAUUCCAAUAUUCGGUUUGAUGAAAUUGGUAGGAAUAGUGAAAUUGAUAAAGUUUAUAGAGAAAUCGUUGUUGCAAAUGAGUAUGUGGUUAAUAGGCUGGUUGGCGAUUUAGAUGAACUGUGUCGUUACAGGGAUCAUGUUAAAAGUUAUAUUAAUAAAGCGGAUGAGGUUAUGGUUGCUGCACUGCCUCCUAGUCGCAAAGAAAGAUUUGCUGAUAUUGGAGGGAACUUAGAAAAAUCAGAUUCUAUGAUUCGUGUCCCGAUCAAAAUAAGGACCAAAGGAUGCGGUGUACAAAAAAGGAUCAAGUCUAAUCGUGAGAUUGCAAUUCAGAAAUCAUCAAAGAUCCAGAAAUCGUGCCGUGUAUGUGGUGGAAAAGGACAUAACAGUCGCACAUGUAAAGAUAAAGUUUCUUCUAAUGCUAUAGGUUCUAGCAAUGCAAUGUAA